AUGAGGUCAGCUGAGAGUUUUAUUCACAAGUUGGAUCAAGCGGAGAAGAUCAGGAACGGAGCUGAUGAACAAGAGAGAGAGAUGAGCAUAGGCUGGACAAUAGACGAUCAAGGGAGACACAUGCCCAUCCCUGACUGGCAUGAGAAGAGGAAGAAAAAAGAUCCCUCACGUGGAGGAGGGACGAGGGAGCAAAAGAAGAAAUCUCCUCCCUGCAAGCCCAGUGAGAUUGAGCAUGGCUGCAACUCAGACAUGGAUUGUCGGACAGACAGCAGAACAUCCCAGGCGACCACUCUACAGAGCAAGAUGCCUCCAGCCGAAACUUCAUAUAUGGCAGGAUCCCAGCAUGCAGCAGCAAUAUUUCACGAUCUCGAUCAUGAUAGCGAUCAGCUGUACCUCACACCCACCAACAGGGUUCUGACUGUUGAGGACUUGGCAGAGCAACAGUAUUACAAGUAUCUGAGCUCAAGCAAAAUGCAGCAGGCAAAUCAAAAGCUAUCUGAUAAACAAGUCUUGAACGAAGUGAAUCGCAAGUUCUUUUUUGAUGGCGACACAAGCGGGACGAGUGCAGUGGAUAAUGACAGCAGUCGGGCCUCAAGGUCAAUGCAUUGCUUCCGAACGUGUAUCAAACUAAUGCGGCGCAGACGAAAUCUUGAUGACGAGCUUUUCGAGUACAUAAUGUCUGAACUCGGCAUCGGCCAGGUUUAG